ACACAGGACUCUCUCUCUUUCUCUUUCACUCUCUCUCUCUCUCUCUCUCUACAUGCACCCGAACCAGAGAAGUAACAAAGUGAAAAAGGCUGAAACUAGGAAGAGACUUGCUUGCUGUCUACCAAAGGUGGUGAAAACUGCAAGAGCAGAGGGAAAAGAAUUGACCCUCCCCUUUUAUUUUCGUAAAACCACUUCAGUAAUGGCUUGACUUUCAGUGUUUGUUGAUUAUCUGGUGAUUCUGUUAUCUGUAUGUUGCUUCGAGUUUUUGGGAAUUCAUAGUUGUUGUUGGUCUCCCUUCUUUUAGUCACGUUGGAGAUUUUUGCAACGAUCUAUAAAACCAUCAAGCGCAGGAAAAAUCCUUGCUUUUGAACGAAGAUCUCCCUCUUCUGCUGAAGUCAUACAUGCUUAUAUGGUGAUCACUCACAAUUUGGUCAGUCUCGGCUGAACUAUCACAUGCUCGUACGAGUUCAUCCUGCUAGAGGAAUCUUUAUCUUGGAAAAUUGCAUUAGCAAUAAGACCAGAGUGAUCAGGUGGAAUCUUUCUUGGUGGAGUGUGACUUGAGAGACAUGUUGGUGGCCUGAGAAACAAUGCCAAACCAGCUAUGGUUUGCACCGCCAGUGAUCUACAAGAAUGGAAGGACUUCCCAAAGGGGCUCAAGGUCCUUCUUCUUGACCAAGAUUCUGAUUCUGCAUCAGAGAUAAGAUCAAAGCUGGAGUUAAUGGACUAUACUGUUUCUACAUUCUGCAAUGAGGACGAGGCUCUAUUGGCAAUAGCAAGCAAACCUGAUAGCUUCCACAUAGCUUUGGUAGAGGUGAAUACAAGCUGUGAUGGCAGUUUCCAGUUCCUUGAAGCCGCUAGAGACUUGCCUACCAUCAUGAUGUCAAAUAACCAUUGUCUCAGCACCAUGAUGAAAUGCAUAGCCCUUGGUGCGGUGGAGUUCCUCCCCAAGCCGCUCUGUGAGGACAAGCUCAGGAAUAUUUGGCAGCAUGUCGCCCACAAGGCAUUUAAUGCAGGGGUCGGAGGGGUCUCGGAUUCUUUGAAACCCGUCAAAGAAACUUUGGUCUCCAUGUUGCAGCUUCCAGUGAAAAAUGAGGAUGAGAACAAUGACGAGUCAGUAGAAACGAGAAAAGCAUCCCUUCAUGAAACCGAUCGAGAGAUGUCCACCGCGAGUGAUAAGUAUCCAGCGCCAUCGACUCCGCAGUUGAAGCGAGGCACGCUGCUCCUGGAUGAUGGGGAUUGCCAAGAUCAAACCAACAGCACAGUCGAGAAGGAGAGCGGGGAGCAAGAUGGAGAGUCAAAAUUCGUCGAAACAACUUGUGAUGAUUCAAUGUCUGAGAACCCCCGGGAAGCUCAAGGCCAGAGAGUUAGGGAGGGGCCGGUAAAAGAGGAGGACAAUUCAGCCGACAACUCUAAGUGCGAGAGCAUGGUAUCUCCGCUCUCCGAAAACAAAGAUGGGCCCCGCGAUUCACAUGGUUCCGACGAUAAUCUAAGCAAAGCAUCUAGUCUUCGUAAUUCUGUCGGAACACGGGUUAACAGGAAGAAGAUGAAGGUUGACUGGACGCCAGAACUGCACAAGAAAUUUGUGCAGGCGGUGGAGCAGCUUGGUGUGGACCAAGCCAUACCUUCUCGCAUACUUGACCUUAUGAAAGUCGAAGGCCUGACAAGGCAUAACGUGGCGAGUCAUCUCCAGAAAUACCGUAUGCAUAGGAGACACAUCUUGCCCAAGGAAGACGAACGAAGAUGGCCGCACUCUCGCGAUGGGGUCGCCAGGAGUUACUAUCCGCAUCGACCCAUCAUGGCCUAUCCGCCUCACCACUCUGGUCACCCCCUUCCACCAGGAGCAGCCUAUCCAGUGUGGGCGCCGCCCAGUAACCAUCCGGCUGGCUUGCAGAUGUGGGGGCCGCCUGGCUAUCCGCCAUGGCACACUCCUGAAAACUGGCAUUGGAAGCCUGCCUAUCCUGGGUUUCAGAUGCACGCCGACGUGUGGGGUUGCCCAGUGAUGCCGCCUUCUCAUCACAGUCCCGGCUUUGCCUUUCCUCCGAAUGCACCCGGUUGCCAUGGUCCCGACAGGUUGGAAAACAGCUUCGCCGGAAACUUGUUUGAUUAUCAUCCGGAUGAGGAAGUAAUUGACAACAUUGUGAAGGAGGCGAUAAGCAAGCCAUGGCUGCCUUUGCCCUUGGGGCUCAAGCCUCCUUCCACGGACUCUGUCCUAGCCGAGCUCUCCAGGCAAGGUAUCCCCAGCAUCCCUCCCCAUGCUAACCGCCCCGGCCCGUGCUGACAUGGCCGGCCAUCGCCGGCUCCGUCCCCAACAAACUUAGCGGCUCCCCGAGUCCGGACCCCUAGAUUGACGGACAGCGCGAGGACCUACCCGAUCCAACGGUUCAUGUUCCCGGUCCACCCAAAUUUGGCCGACGUCAAGGUGACUCCCGGAUCCCUCUGCUCGGCGUUCGACAAAAGGAGGCGCGUGGGAAUCACGCGCCGUGUGGUAGGAUAUGACGUGGCGACGAGGUGAGCGCGCGCGCUUUGAUCUCAUCCAACGGCGGAGAAUAAAGGUGGGCAACCAGAAGCUUUCCGGGAGGCGCAGGCGAUGUGGGCGGCUGGGAAAUCGCCACGUAGGUCGACUCCUCCCCGCAUUUUGGUGGCGUCUGUGGUUGUAAAAUAACAUAAAAGUCAAGUCGCCUAUUACAACAAAAGAGGAACAGGGCUUGGAAUUUGGAGUUACGUUAGUUGAGCCUUGGUUGGAUUUUGG